ACUCCAAAUCUGACUCACUCUUGCCUGCUUUCCCGAGUCAACCCUACUGCUUUGUCAGUCGCUGCUCCAUCGGAGCCAGAUCACACAAGACUCUGCCAGAGAAAGGACCUUACCAGCAACCUUCACCCUCGGCGUUUGAGUUGUUCAACUUGGCUAUUUUGGAGGACUUUAAAGAAGAACUGCCUGAAGCACAUGCAGAGAGAGAUUUGACUAACUAGGAAUCAGUUCAUAUUACUCUCAGUCGAGUGGACAAAGGGACCGGUGGCCUCUCGCUUCAGAUGGCUACAACUAUCCCAACCACAGAAGUCUGAGAAGUUAAGCCAAAGGUCUGUCUUCCGUAGGAUUUUCCUUCUUUCUUUAUGUUUAUUUUAAGUAGUUACUUUCAAUACUGCUGUGCACUGAAGAACCUCCUGAACUUUACUACGUCACAUACACCGGGAAGAUCCUUUUUUAAGGCAUAACUUCAAAGAUGGAACUUUUAACAGACAGUCCACGUGUGCGCUCGGACAGCACGAGCAGCUCGGCAUCUCAGGGCUCAAAGUCAAAGACUGUUCUUCGCCAGCGUUUGUCCCAGCUGCUGACCUGCAUCGAGGACAUGAGCUCUGACGACGAAGCCAGUGAAGAGGUGUCACGAACGCUGGAAGAAGCAUUUCAGCUCUGUGGACGCUUCAUUCCCACAGAUGCAUUCAGGUUGACUUUAACACUUUGGGCUUUUAAAAAGCUUGUAAAAGAAAAAUCACUUUUAAACUUUGAUUUAUCAUGAAGAAACAGGCAUAUCAUAGCAACUAAUAUAGUUCAUAUCAAAAAGUGCAGAAAUGAUCAAUAGGCUCUUAAAACAUUAGACUGUCAUUACUUGUCUCUUUUUGUUUUUCUGUGUGUUAGCCUUCAGGAGGUAAACGCCACCCCAGUGAGGUUCAUCACAGAUCUGAUAUCAGAAGACUCCUGGAGCCAUGUCUUCAUGAACUCACUGGCACCCAGAGGCUUUGUGAAGGUCACAUCAGUGAGGAUGCAGGGUUUGCUGUUGCUGCUGUUUGCCAAACAGAUUCAUCUUCCCUACAUCAGAAACAUCCAGACCACCUACACUCGGACCGGCGUGUUCGGCUACUGGGGUAACAAAGGAGGAGUGUCUGUGCGCUUUUCCUUCUAUGGACACAUGCUUUGCUUCCUCAACUGCCACCUAGCUGCUCACAUGAACAACGCUUUGCAGCGCGUUGACGAGUUUGAGUACAUACUGGAGACGCAAGACUUUGACAUCUAUGACACCCCACAAAUCCGGGACCACAAGGUGGUGUUCUGGUUUGGUGAUCUGAACUUCCGCAUCGCAGAUCACGGUUUGCACUUUCUCCGCUCAUCCAUCAACAGCGGCCGGCUAAAUUUGCUGUGGGGCAAAGAUCAGCUCAUCAUGAUGAAGAAGAAGGAAGCUUUCCUGCAGGAAUUUGAGGAGGGACCGUUAAAUUUUAAACCUACCUACAAGUUUGACCGUAACUCCGACACCUAUGACACCAGUGGAAAGAAGAGGAAGCCGGCAUGGACAGACCGGAUCCUCUGGCGGAUCAAACCCAAGCCCCUGCCAUCAGAGGAAGAUGAUGAGAAGGCAUCAACUUCCACAGAUGAAGAACAGGAUGAGUAUCCAGUCCUGGUCACCCAGGAUAAAUACACCAGUGACAUGAGCUAUGGAGUCAGCGACCACAAGCCUGUCAUUGCAACCUUCAGCCUGGAGCUGAGAAAAGUCUUUGACACACCACUGGUGCGCGUGUCUCCUGUGGGCAUAUGGAGCGCAGGCCAGGAUGCACUUUUGACCUACUCUGUCCUGGAGGACUUUAUGUCUUCUACGUGGGACUGGAUCGGCCUGUACAAGGUGGGAUUUAAGACUGCAUCUGACUACGAAACCUUUGUUUGGGUUCGAGAAAAUGAACUGCCAGAGAUAAAUGAAGUCAUACAGAUUUCUGUGGAUAAAGGUCAGAUUCCUCUGUUAGGUGGACAGUACGUUUUGGGGUACUACAGCACAAACAUGCAAAGCAUCACUGGCCUCAGUGAUACCUUCCAGAUCCUGGAGUCUAAGCGUGCUGUCAUGGAAGGCCUGGUUCCCGAGGAUAUCAAUGGAGUCAACAAAUAAGAACAGAUUCUCUGUAGUGCCACGUCUUAUUCCUCUCCGCUGCAAAGUCACACAGAUCUGAAUCAGGCUAUAAAAUUGCCCCAAGGUUAACUCCUUAAUCUACUGGAUGAGCAGACUCUGUCAUUCAUGUUGGCCCCCACAAUUUGUCAUCAUGUAAACUCCAGUUUGUUAUUUCCUACUUUGCCUUUAAGGUUCAGGCUCACUCUUGCUGAAACAAGAUCUCUAAUAAAAAAAACUUUAAUGAGUAGCCUCAGUCUAUCCACAGACCCUGUUAGAGCAGAUAUACGGAGAACACAUGUCAAACUGCACAGCAGCUUGAAAACAGAAACUGCAUUUGAGUUUUGUUUCAAAGUUGUUUGUUUCGGCAGCUCAUAGUAGCCAGUGCAGAUUAAUACAAAAGGUGCAAAACAUCAUUGCGUAGAAGAGUGUGCUCUUUUGUUUUAUAUGUGCUGUCUCAGUGAAGAACGAUGCACCCUGCAACUGAAAUUUCUUGCAAUGGGUUGUCUGCAGAAACUGUUGAACAUGAGAAUCUUAGAGAGGAACAUGACACAGAAAAAUAUCAUCCAACGGUCAGCUGGUUGAUCCAAUGAACGAUGCAGCAACCUGUAGGAUGUGUGCAAAUGAACAAGUGGCAGGGAGGUGCUGGGAAAAUGUAUGUGUGAUCGCAGUGGCUUAUCUUUAAAAUGUGAAUGCAGGUUGUCUGUUUUCCUCUUGAUGAAAAUGUGUUAUAUCUCCCACACUGCAUGCAUGAAUCGUAUCAGCACACUAAAAAUAUACUGCAAGACAAACUAAAUAUUUUUUGUGAAUUUGUUUAUUUAAAAAGAUCCAGUAUGUUUUCAGGAUAUGGAUGUGUGACUAAUCAGUGAAAAAAGAUGGGCAGUGGGUCACUUUAAUUAUCAGUGAUUAAAGGCCUGGAGGCUUGUAAUCUGA